CAAAAGCAGGCAAAACGAGCUUGCGGUUGAGCAGGGCUUUAAAGCGCGCCAAGCAGUAUCUGGCCUCCAAAAACAAGCCAGCACGGGCCCCACAGCUAUAGCCGCGCAACCCCGCGAGUCAGGACUCGCUUCAGGAUGGCUAGAAAAAAGUCCAAGGCCAAGCAGCCCAAAGCCAAGCAGCAAACGCGGCCGCCGCCGCCCACCGUCACGCGCCGGCCGCAGCGCCAGGCCGCACAGACACAGCCGCCGCCCGUCGUCGCGCGCCGGCCGCAGCGCCAGGCCGUCCAGCAGAUAAGGACGCGCUCCGGCACGUACUGGGCCGCCGCGGCCCUCCAGCGCCGCCGAGGGGCCCCCUUGACGACGCCGGCGUCGCGAGUGCUCUUCAAGACGCCGGACUUAUUUGGCCAUGUGUGCACACUCGUCGGGUCGACGCGCCAGCUCGCCGCGACGAGCCGCGCGGGUUCAGCGAGGAGCGCCGAGGCGAAGCCGCGCUUCGUCGCGCGGUACUUGUAUGUAAUUCCGCUCGAGGGAAACAACAGGACCGCACCCAUGGUCCCUCAAGCGGGCGCGCGGCUCCAUUUGGCCACGGAGACGUGGGAGGCCGUCGCGGCGGCCGAGGACAACCAUGAAGGCGAGGCCACGGCGUUCAUCCCGACGCUGCACGCGCUGCGGCCGGCCGGCCGGCGCGGCGCGCAGAGUUUAAGCUUCUAUGCGCAAGGCCGCCUCACGGACGAGCCGCGGAGCGACUCGCACUUCGUCUUCGACGCCGAGGCAUCGCGCUGGGUGCGGCGGCCCUCGAUAAAUUCAUCGCCGGCGCUGGCGAGCGGGCUCUACGUCUUCGCGCGGUUGAACGAUACCCUCUACGUCAUCGGCGGCGUCGACAACCGGGUCAGUCCGUCUUCAGCGGUGCGCCGUUUAGAUGGAGACGCCUGGGUCGACUGCGCGCCGCUGAACCGGCCGCGCUUCGCUCCGUCGGUCUGCGCGGUGCCAAACGGGUUGGCGGUCCUCGGCGGUUUUUCGACCGGCGAAGGGGAUGGCGGCGAGGAGGGGCUCGAGGCGACGCUGACGUCGGAGCGCUACGACGCCCGGUCGAACACGUGGACGAACGGACCGAAUUUAGUUUUCUUCGGCCACGAGGGCGACGUCUUGACGGCGGCGAUCGGUGAGGAUGUUUUUGCCCUGGAGGCGCACUACGUGUCUGGUGGCGCGGCGCGGCUCCAGCGCUGGCGCGGCGACGAAAUCGUGCGGUGUGCGUCGCUCGCCGGCAAUCACCACCAACUCGUCGACGCUCCCGCGAGCGCCGAGCCGCGGACCUAUUCCACCAAUGUGCUGCUCGCGGACCCGAAGCGAAAUCGCCUGCUCGCGAUGGACGGCUUGAUAGAUUCCGACGAUGCGGUGACGUCGUCGCAUGUCACCAUACAUGCUUACGACGUCGAACUCGACGCCUGGUCGCCGCUCAUUCAUCUGGAACACCCCGCGCUCGGCUUCACGGCGCUGCGCCACGGCGACCGCGUCUUCUUCCCGCUCCGCGGCGAACCGCAAGCCGGCCGCGAGACGACGGCGAUCGGGUGCUUGGACCUGGAGACGGACGAGUGGCGCCGUGUUGGGGGCUCGACGGCACUUCUUGAUCCGCGGAGGGGUCCAUUAUUCUGUGUAGGCGAUGCGCCUGAGUAAUCUGCUAUUUGUGACACUUUCGCCAGGUCUCUCUCCCAACACAGAUGCUG